AUGGGUAUCACCAAUAGGAGUAUCAAAGAAGACUUCAUCCUGGUGGGUUUCUCUGAUCAACCAGACCUGGAAAAGAUAUUUUUCAUAGGUGUUUUGGUAUCCUAUCUCUUGACUCUUGUGGGAAAUACCGUCAUAAUUCUGCUGUCUUCCAUAGACCCUAAACUCAAAACACCCAUGUACUUUUUCCUCACUCAUCUCUCCCUAGUUGAUAUCUGCUUCACCACCAGUAUCGUUCCACAGCUGCUGUGGAACCUAAGAGGACCGGCCAAGAACAUCACUGUCCCAGGCUGUGCUAUCCAGCUCUAUGUCUCCCUGGCAUUGGGCACCACUGAAUGUGUUCUCCUGGCUGUAAUGGCCUUUGAUCGCUAUGCUGCUGUUUGCAAACCUCUCCAUUAUGCAGUUGUGAUGAAUCCACGAUUGUGCCGUGCUCUGGCAGGUGUCGCAUGGCUGAGUGGAAUAGGAAACACUCUCAUCCAGAGCACUAUCACCCUGUUGCUGCCUCGCUGUGGACACCGAUGGAUCCAUCAUUUCUUCUGUGAGGUACCCUCUAUGAUUAAGCUUGCAUGUGUGGACAUCCAUGCCAAUGAGAUCCAGCUCUUCAUUGCUUCAUUGGUCUUGCUCCUCUUGCCCUUAUCACUGAUAUUGAUAUCCUACGGCCACAUAGUCAAGGCAGUGAUCAAGAUCAAGUCAGCUCAGGCUUGGCGCAAAGCCCUGGGCACAUGUGGAUCUCACUUGAUAGUCGUGUCCCUCUUCUAUGGAAGCAUCACGGCUAUCUACAUCCAUCCCAACAGCUCUUAUUCCCAUACUCAAGGGAAGUUCAUCUCCCUUUUCUACACAGUAGUCACCCCAAACCUCAAUCCUCUCAUUUAUACACUGAGAAAUAAAGACGUGAAAGGAGCACUGAGAAGACUGUUUCACAGAGACCCAGGCUCGUAA